UUUUUCUCUCCCGUACCCUGCCCCAACCAGGAGGCUGUCUCCUGACACUAAGAAUGAUUUAUGCCUAUUCAACCAAACCUCCCUCUCCAGAAGAGACAGAUCAUCUUCUCUCAGAGCCAACCCUCAUCUUCCAGGGGCUGCCAAGCAUUCCAUCAAUUCAUACUCAGCCCUGAGGUACAAAAAAACAAAUUUAGCUAAAACACAAGCCACAGCUCCCAAGCUCCUUUCCAACUCCAGCCAUCUAGAAGUCUGAUUUUAGGAGUUCUCCCCUCCUCCCCACCGUACGUUUUUACAUUUCCUGCCCUUCUUCCCUUUUUCUAAGACCGCAUGCUUACAACUGUUCAGAACAAAGCAAUAAAUAAAUGAAACUUAUUAGUUUCAUUGAAUUAGUUCAAUAAAUGAAACUUCUCUAACUUAAACCAAGUUGGAAACUCCUGGAAUCUCUACAAGCAACACUACUAUCAAGUAUGCAGUGUGUCAGUAUUUUGGCCAGUUUCCCGUUAAAGGAACAGAAAAACCAUACAAGACAAUUCUUCCCUGUAAAUUCCCCGGUGACGCACACAGACCACGCCUACUUCAAGAAGACAAAAGGCCAAGAAGCCUGACAAGGGCUAAGUCUCCAGGCAGAGAGGGAGUCAUUUCAUUGGCGCUUGAAUCAGCAAAGAAUCACAGCCAGAUUUCAGAGAAGAAUUCUUCCUGCUGAUGGGGAACUGAGGGAAUUGGCUUCAUAUGAGGGCACUGAAGUCAAGAUGGCCAAAGUUCCUGACCUCUUUGAAGACCUGAAGAACUGUUACAGUGAAAAUGAAGAAUACAGUUCUGAAAUUGACCAUCUCACUCUGAAUCAGAAAUCCUUCUAUGAUGCAAGCUAUGACCCACUUCAUGAGGACUGUACAGAUAAAUUCAUGUCUCCGAGUACUUCUGAAACCUCUAAGACACCCCAGCUUACCCUCAAGAAGAGUGUGGUGAUGGUGGCAGCCAAUGGGAAGAUUCUGAAGAAGAGACGGUUGAGUUUAAAUCAAUUCCUCACUGCUGAUGACCUGGAAGCCAUUGCCAACGAAGUAGAAGAAGAAAUCAUGAAGCCCAGAUCAGUAGCACCCAACUUCUAUAGCAGUGAAAAAUACAACUAUCAGAAGAUCAUCAAAUCCCAAUUCAUCCUGAAUGACAACCUCAGUCAAAGUGUAAUUCGAAAAGCAGGGGGAAAAUACCUCGCAGCCGCUGCAUUACAGAAUCUGGAUGAUGCAGUGAAAUUUGACAUGGGGGCUUAUACAUCAAAAGAAGAUUCUAAACUUCCUGUGACUCUCAGAAUCUCAAAAACUCGACUGUUUGUGAGUGCCCAAAAUGAAGAUGAGCCUGUAUUGCUAAAGGAGAUGCCUGAGACACCCAAAACCAUCAGAGAUGAGACCAACCUUCUCUUCUUCUGGGAACGUCAUGGCAGUAAGAACUACUUCAAAUCAGUUGCCCAUCCAAAGUUGUUCAUUGCCACACAGGAAGAAAAACUGGUGCACAUGGCAAGAGGACUACCCUCUGUCACUGACUUUCAGAUACUGGAAACCCAGUCUUGACUCUGGAGUCUACUUCCUUGUGAAGUGUUUACAGUCCAUAUGUACUAUGUACAUGGAGGAGUCAAAUCUUUUACUCUUAGUCACCUGCUGAGCACGUGCUGAGCCUUUGUAAUUCUAAAUGAAUGUUUACUCUCUUUGUAAGAGAGUGAGCAAGCUCUAAUGGAACCAACAUCAACAUAUAAUGUUAUUUGUUAUUUAAAGAAUACCCUAUACUUGAAAUACAAAUCAAAACCACCAUGAGAUACCACCUGACACCUGUCAGAAUGGCUAACAUUAACAACUCAGGCAACUGACAGAUGUUGGCGAGGA